AAAAUCCUGACCCAAGGAGGCCUCGCAAUAUUCUCUACUUGUUAUUGGGAUAUGUCUGGAUUCAAAGGAGUAGGGUGCAAAAAAGAAGAUUUCCAAGUUUUUGAAUUACUUGGCCGGGGAGGCUUCGCACAAGUCUAUCGUGCUAAAUCCACGAUUACCGGGCAAGAAGUUGCUAUUAAAAUGAUCGAUAAAAAAGGUAUGCUUCACCAUAGACUUGCCAAUCGCGUACGUCGUGAAGUAGAAAUUCAUAGUCGUCUCAAGCAUCCUUCAAUCUUGGAGUUGUAUACGUGUUUUGAAGAUGAAAAUUAUGUUUAUUUAAUUUUGGAAAUAUGUCAUAACGGAGAAUUACAAACAUAUAUACGUCAAAAUGGCCCUGUUACAGAAGAUACUGCUCGACAUUAUUUAAAACAAUUGAUUAGUGGUCUUCUGUACUUGCAUUCACACAACAUAAUUCACAGGGACUUAACUUUAGCAAAUCUUUUGCUAACUAAGGAUAUGAAAGUUAAAAUUGCUGACUUUGGAUUGGCUACUAAAAUUGAACCAGGUGAAGAUCAUAAAACAAUGUGUGGGACACCAAAUUAUAUUUCCCCGGAAAUCGCUAGUCAUAAUCAACAGGGUUUGGAAACUGAUGUAUGGUCGUUAGGUUGUAUGUUUUAUACGCUAAUUGUUGGUCGUCCACCAUUCGAUACACGAGAGGUUCGUUCUACUUUAAAUCGUGUCUUGGCUGUCGAUUAUGAACUACCAUCAACUGUUUCUACUGAAGCAGCUGAUUUAAUUAAUUCUCUACUUCGACGCGAACCUCAGGAACGUCUCAAGUUGAAAGCAAUUAUUCAACAUCCAUUUAUGCUAAAGAAAUCACGUCCUCAACGUUACAUGAAAACGUCUAAUGACAGCGGGAUUGAUUCAAUUUAUCGCACACCAUUAAGACACGUAACUACCAGUCUUAAAUCCAACCACAUUCGCAAAGUGAAGGAUAAUGAAUCUGACACUCAUCCUUGUACCACUCCUAUUUCUACACGCGUCUCAGAUACCCAGUGUGAUACAAGUAUACCGUACUUUUUGGCACCGCAACCUUUGUCUCAUGCUGCUACUAGUUGGGAUCCGGCGAUUAAUGUUCAUCAAGACGUACAAAGGCCUGUGGAGCAGCUUAAUACUCAUUCGAAUAUCAGACAAACAUGUUACUCUGAUGGCGCUUUCGAACAGUCCCGUUCGGUUUUAUCACAGUUGUCAGAUUCAGGAAUUAAGAAAUCAUUAUUAAAUCAUCGUUAUCAACCCAUCAACACAUCUGUUGACCGGGCUUACAAUAAUUCAUCUGGUCCUUCUCUUUCAUUACCUUCACGUACAACUGCUAUAGAGGUUGUAACAACUGAACAUGAUGAUUGUAUGAAAGGUAUUACUGGUGUUUCUAAACCUGAGCUAUCAUCUAAAAGUAUUGGCAAGCCAUUUUUAUCCCAUCCUUUACCAUUGAAUACGUUUCGCUUGAAGCCUAUGAGAACUUACACACGUUUAGCCGUAAUCAACAUUUUACAGGAUGAGUCUGUUUGCUUGGAAUUUUUAGAAGAUUCAGCUAAAACUCGACAAAACCAGUUUCCAGUAAUGAAAAGCAUUCAGAAUUUGAGAGUUAUUGAAGUGAUGGGUAUAAAUAAUACUGGACAAAAUAUUUUAAUCUAUAAACCAAAUAUGGGAAAAGGAGUACCUCUAAAUGUUCAAGGGCUUGGUGACUCUUCCCAAACAAAUCCAGUUAAUUCUGAAAGCAUGAAUUUUGGAUGUCCUCCGCCUGCAUCACCAGGUGAUCCACUCGAAUUUUAUACUUUAAAUACUCUACCUCAAAAAUACUGGAGAAAAUAUCAAUUUAUUUCUCAAUUCGUUCAGAUGGUUCGUGCUCAUACUCCUAAAAUAACACUUUACACUGAUAAAGUCAAAUGUAUGCUUAUGGAAAAUGGUCCGUCAGGAGAUUUUGUUACUGAAUUCCAUGAUGAUGGUACACGAGUAUUAUGUACUUCUAAUGGAUCAUUGCGUAUUACUCAGUCAACAGAACAGAAUAAUUCAACAAAAGUUAAAGGUAAUAUUACACCCACAACAAUAACUCUUGAUUCAAAUCGAAGUCUUUCAACGCUUUCUCCUGAGAUAAGAAAGCUUAUAGAUUAUGUGUAUUCAUGCCGAGAUCAUUGUCGAAAAAUUGAACAACUACUAACCAAAAUGGAUUCAGAAGAUAAUGACAUAUCAGUUUUAUCCUGUUCUUCAUUUCCUGUUAUAUUAGGACAUCGUCCUAAAAUCGGUGUUAACUUAAUUACUUCCUCGGAAAAUUAUUCAAAACCAAUGUCAUUCACAAAUGGAUUAUUAGAUCAAAUUUCAUUAUCUUCACAACUGUAUAGAUUAAUAUCUGAUUGUUUGAAAGAAAAAUACAAAAAUCCUUUAGAAAAUCAAACACAGGAUAAUCAGUUACCUACUAAUGCAGUAUUUGUCCCAAAUGUUGGUUGGGCUAAUCAAUUUAGUGAUGAUAAACUUCAAGUGCAAUUCAAUGAUGGAGCCAAACUACUAUUGGUUUAUAACCGAACUUCAAUCUAUUCCAUUCAUUAUUCUGCACCUCCUGAAUCUAAUCAGGAACCAACAGAAGAAUAUGUAUACAAUACAUCUGAUCCUCUUCCAGAACAUAUUUAUCGAAGGUUAGAAGUUAUACCGACUGUUAUCAAACAACUCCGUACAAUAGCCAACCAACAUAUUUCUUGAAAUUGUAUAGAAUAAAUAUAUUUGUUUCAUAAUUUGACAUCAAUUAUGGCUGUGAAACCUCUGUUUUUUAUAUAGUAUUUCUACACCAUUUUUUAUAGAAUUAUUUUCUACGUUUAUACCUUUGAACUUUUGAUAAACUAGACAUGGCUUGUAAAAAUUUUCUCUGAGUCAUGUCUUAUUUUGUCAUUUCUUCUACAUACUCCUUCAGUUCUCUUACUGUAUCAUUCCAGUCUUUAUUCGAUAGCGCCUGUUCUAAAUAUAUUGCUACCUCUGUAAAUAACUUGCAUUUCUAUCAAUUCAUACUACUUUACGUACUGUAGUCUUUAUAACUGUCAGCGAAUAUCAUGGUUUAUACUUAUC